AUGAAGUCAGCUACAGAGAUUAUGAGACCAAAGACAUGGCGCUGUUGGCUUGUCACAGGGUCCCCUAAAAACCCAGAACAGAAGAUCAUUAAGAGAGUGAUUGCUCUUGAAGGAGAUAUUGUAAAAACUAUGGGACACAAAAACCGCUAUGUCAAAGUCCCCCGUGGUCACAUCUGGGUUGAAGGUGAUCAUCAUGGGCACAGUUUUGACAGUAAUUCAUUUGGGCCGGUUUCCCUAGGACUCCUGCAUGCCCAUGCUACACAUAUCCUGUGGCCUCCAGAGCGCUGGCAGAAAUUAGAGUCUGUUCUUCCUCCAGAGCGCUCGCCGGUUCAGAGUGAAGAGGACUGCUUUCAAGGAUCCCCCUAA